AUAAUGUCACGUGUUCUUAGCUUCUCUUCAUUUCUGUCUUAUCACGUGAAAAAGCUGAAAAAAGUUAAUUUCAUUGUUUUCGAAACGUGAGCUAAAAAUUGAUAAAUAAUAUACUCAUAUUGUAUUUUUAUACUGAAUACAUUUUAUAUCUGACAUUAUGUACAGAGGUUAUGUUUAAAAUUAUAAUUUCAAUUUUUUAAAUAAUCAGAUAUUUAAUUUUAUUAUUGUAUGAUAUUUAAUUAUUUUACUUAAAUAUUACGAAUAUAUUGCAUUAUUUAUAUAUACAUACAUAUUAAUAAUACAUAAUAAUAUGUAUAAUGAUAAAAAUGAUAAAAAUAUAAAAUUAUAUGCAUAAUAAAUUUUAUAACGCUCAUAUAAAAAAGAAAGCAAUAUUAAAAAUGAAUGCUGUAAUUGCUUUAUGUAUUUUUUGUGAAUCACAUGGACCUAAAGUGAUAUUUACAACUCAGACAUAUCGUAAUUAUGAUAAUCAAAGUACAGAAAAAUUGAAAUUCUAUGGACCAAAGGAAAUAUUACGAAGAAGUCAAAGUGUUAUAGAAGAUGGACAACAUGAAUGUGAAGGAUGUCAAAGUAUUGGUAAUGUGAAAUAUUUAAGCAACGAACAUGAAACUAGGACAUCAUUUCUUUCUGCACAGCAAUCAUUAACUCAAGAUGUUUGGUGCUUAUUGAAACAUGCAUGUUUUAGGAGUUUAAGCUGUGAAGUACAUCCUGGUAAAGAAGGUGUUUGCUACUUUGGAGAUGAAUAUAGGGGGCAUGUUUUAAGUCAUACAUUUACGUUAAAAGAUGCCCAGGCAAGAGGUUUUCGUAAAUGGUGCAGUUUUAUUGUUUUCAUGAGAGAUAAACAGUUUUUAUUAAAUAUGUGGCCCUUUUUAGUAGAUAAUUUAAAAGAAAUAAUUCGAGAAUUACAAGAUUUUGCUGAAAAAAAAUAUAAUGCAGAAGAAGCAGAAUGUCCACAGAGAAUUGUUCGUUUAUCAACAGCCAAUGGAUCAGGAGCAUAUAAUAAUUCAAAUAAGCAGCCUAGAACUUUUAGUGAUAUAACUAACGAGAAGCAUGUUUUUAUAAGAAUCCACAUGUGGUUGGUAUGGAUUCUUAGUGCUGGAGCAAGACAUUUCAUAGAAAUUUUUCCCAUGAGCUUAUUAGAUGAUGAAUUAAAUUAUAAUUUGGAGGAUCAAAUUGAAAAUGAAGAUGGAUUUACUUUAGUAAAUGCCAAAUUACCUGUAAAUUUAACUUUGAACUCAACUGAACCAGACACGACACUCGAAUUCUCAGAAGUCUCAGGAAAAUCUACUACAGUGAUACUUAAAGAUUUAAGAGCUGUAUUAGGAAAAGAUCAAUUUAGGCAACUUUUAUAUUCUAGUUUAACAGGUGUUCAAAUUUUGGUAAGAGGUCCAAAUAUUCAAAGAUUGGAAUCUUUAUAUGGUCUUAGUUCACUUAUUCCACGUGCAUGUAGAAGAGUUAAGACUCAAGCAACAGAAUAUAUGGAUCCUAACAAGUGUAACUUUAUUGGUGUUGACACAUCAGUAGCUGUUCCUCUGCCUUGUGCAAAUGUAUGUAGAUUAGAUAUUGUUGCCGAUGAACACAAAGUUGAAAAUUCAAAUUCACAUAUUGUUAGAUGGACAGGAACAUUGCCAUUAAAGUUGCCAACUUUAUUAAUAAAAAUUGAAAAGUCACUUGAGAAUGAAAAACUUGGAAACUCUACCUUGAAAGCACAUUUUGCUGCAUUACAAGAAGAAUGGGCAAACAUUGCCAAAGUAGUUCAUGCUAUGCGAGGACGUGGUCAUAGUGGAGACCUUUCUGGGCUUAUGCUUAGUUUAGGUGCUGGACCUCAUGAUAAAGAAUUAUUAGAUACUUGGUCAAUGGGUUUGCCACCAAACCCAGCGUAAUUAUUUAAUUAAUUUGUCAUAUUUUAUACGUUGUAGAAUAUUGGGUAAUAUUUAAUUUAAUAUAUAAGAUGUAUUUUCUUUUAUUUGUUCAUGCAAUAUUUAUAUACUGAGGUUGUGCAUAAUUUUUUAUUUAUAACAUAGUUAGCACAUGACAAAUAUUGAUAUCAGCAUAAAAUAAAUUGUUUUACAUACAUCACACUACAUCAUUAGUAAUUAAGAUUUAAUAUCCAUUUUUGUAAAAUUAUAUUUACAAGAAAUUUUUUUGACAACAUACACACACACACAGACAUUUUAUAUAUUAUAAAUAUAUAUAUCUAUGAAUCAUAAUUUCUCAUCUUUAUAAGUAGUGGUCUUUUAUCUUACAUAACUAUAGCAUACUUCUAAUCAAACGCAAUUUAUUUUAUAGGUUAUCUCGAUUUUAAUUUUUUCACAUUUCAAUUUAAACAUUUAAAAAGCAUCUCGAAAAUGUAUAUAACUUCAAUAUUUUGCGAAAUGUUAUUCGUGGGUUUGUCAUAAAAAUAUUAAAAAUCGAUGACUUUAAAAAAAAAUUAGAUUAAUUGCUAAUUGUUUAAAUAAUUCUUAAUUGAGUCUUUAAUUGUAUUUUAAUUGUUACUGUGAUUAUUUAAUUUUAAUGAAUAUAACAAUAUAUUAAAUUCAUUGAAAUUAGCGUAUUGUAAAUAUUUAACAAAAAGUGUUCUCUGAAAUGGAAAUUCAACCCCAACUGACGUAUCAUCGCAAGUCAUUUCAAUUCAAAGAUUUUAAAAAAUUUGAUAUUUCUGAACAACGUUUUGAAGAACAAUAUUGUAGCAUCUAUAAAGCAAGAUUGAGAGUACUGAAAGAUUACCUUUUGGAGAAAGCAAAAAUUAAAUGGGCACGUAAUGAAGUAAUUACGCUGGCAGAACUUUCUGAAAGAAAUGAAAGCGAUACUUGUGUUAUAAUAGGCACUUUAUACAAACAUCAAGAAUUAAAACCAUCGAUAUUACAAGAACUCAGUAACGAACUUCAGUUACAAAUCCAACCAGCUAGAAUAAAUUAUGCAUCGUUCAAGAAUAUAUUAUAUUUGGAAGAUGAAACAUUACGUAUUAAAUUAAUUGGAAAUUAUAUAAAUAUUCAAGAUGUAGUUAAUGGCAUUGUUUGUGCUGUAUGUGGACAUGAAUCGGAGAAUGGUGAAUUUUUAGUAAUAGAUUGGUGUUUACCAGGAUGCUGUCCAAAAUUAUCAAUUCUUGAUCAGCCGCUAGAAAUACAAAGAAAGAUUUUAAUAAUCUCAGGUUUAGAUUUAGCAAAUAAUUUACAAUUAUUAAAUAUAAAUCUAUUAUUUGAAUGGAUUACUGGAAUGGUUGGUUGUGAAGAGGUUCAUAAAGAUGUGGCAUCUAUUGUGUGUGUUAUUAUAGCAGGAAAUAGUAUAAGAGGAUCUGUGGAGACACAUAAUUAUAAAAAAUAUUUUGAAACAAAAGCUCAUGAUGAAGCUAUAUUUAAAGAGACUGCAAACAUAACACAUAAAUUGGAUAAUUUGCUUUAUCCUAUUGUAAAAUGUUGUCCAGUAAUAUUGAUGCCUGGAGAAUUUGAUCCAACUUCUCAUACAUUACCUCAACAACCACUUCAUCCAUGUAUUUUACCACAAUGUUCUAGGUUUAAAAGUUUUCAUGGAGUUACUAAUCCAUGGAUUGGUAGUAUAAAUUCUCGUAUUGUAGCAGGAUCCAGUGGUCAAACCAUUAGAGAUAUCAUGAAAGUUGCUGGACUUGUAGAUAUUUCACCUUUAAUCUGGUUAGAGCGUACAUUACUUUGGCGACAUUAUGCACCAACUGCACCAGAUACUAUACCAACUUGUUCAUCUAACAACAUUGAUCCAUUUAUUAUAACAGAUUGUCCUGAUAUAUAUUUUGUUGGUAAUAUGGAUAAAUAUGAUACCAAAUUAUUCACAGGUAAGUAUGUUCUUUAUUAUUUCUUAUUUCUACAUUUAUAGUGAGGAAAUGAUAUUGGUAAAAUAAAGUAUUUAUCCACAGCAGAUGAAGGACAAACAAUAAGAUUGAUUUGUAUCCCAAAAUUUUCUAAGACACAAACAGGUGUAUUAGUUGAUUUAGAGACUUUAGAAACCUGUCCUAUUUCUUUCACUGCAAAUUAAUUUAUUAAAAUAUUUAAAUUAUUUUAAGACUGUGACAUUAGAUAAUGUAUAACAACAAGUUCAUCUAAGAAAAUAAUUAAUUUUCUUAAGUAAUUUUUACAUAAUUUGUAUAUAACAAAUAUUGUUCUUCUAAAUAUAUUUAUUUGUAUGUUUUUUUUAAUAUUUUUAUAUAGUUUUUACUUAUGGAAGUAAAAAGAAAAAAACAUGAAAAUAAGUACAUAAGUAAAAUAUAUCUUUAUUUACUUUUUUCAUUUACAUAAAUAUAUGAAAAAUAAAAUAUUGUUUAACAAAUUAUAAUAUAUAUUCUAUAAAUUGUUUAUAUUUGUUAACAUUUAUAGUGUUCUUAGAUGUUCAUACAUACAUAGUAUAA